CAGGGAGGGUGACGGGGCCCGGAGCCCGGCGGGGUGGCCGGGCCGGGCCGCCCGUCCCGGCUCACCUCAGGCCGCGGCCGCCGUCCCGCCCCGCCGUGAGGGGCGCCGGGGCCGGCAGCGCCGAGCGGGGACCCCGCUGAGUCAGCCUCCGGGCAGGGCCCGGCCCGGCCUGCCAGGGGCAGCGGCGGCUCCCGGAGCCCGGUCGCUCCCCCGGGGCUGUUGGGCCGUCCCGGAAAAGAACUGCUCGGUCCAAAGGCGGGAGCUACUUCCAUGUGGGCUUCCUGCUGCGGGCUGCUGAAUGAAGUCAUGGGCACGGGAGCAGUGCGUGGCCAGCAGGCUGGCUUUGGGGGAGGUGCUGGCCCCUUCAGGUUUACACCAAGCACAGGCUUCUCAGCAUAUCCAGCUCCUGCUGCAGCCAGCACCAACAUCGUCUGCAAAGCCUGUGGACUUUCCUUCUCAGUUUUCAGGAAAAAACACGUGUGUUGUGACUGCAAAAAGGAUUUUUGCUCACUUUGUUCAGUCCUACAAGAGAAUCUCAGAAGAUGUUCCACUUGCCACUUGCUGCAAGAAACGGCCUUCCAGCGGCCUCAGCUAAUGAGACUGAAAGUGAAGGAUCUGCGCCAGUACCUGAUCCUCAGGAACAUCCCCACGGACACCUGCAGGGAGAAGGAAGACCUGGUGGAGCUGGUGCUGUGCCACCACGGCCUGGGGACACGGCAGGACACGGACGCUGGCAGCCUGCGCUCGGCGCGGUCCCAGGGCUCGGCCUUCUUCACCCACCCCUUCUCCACCUCUGUGUCCAUGUCUAACCCAGGAGAGCUUGCCAGCAGAAGGGGAAGCACAGGGAGUGCAACACCUUCACGGGGACAAACUGAAUCAUCUGUAAAUAAUGAAGAAGAAGAAAGCGCAGAAGAGCAGACCCCGGGGCUGGCCAGGAAGAGAGCCAGGGCCUCCCUGUCUGACAUCUCCAGCCUGGAGGACAUCGAAGGGUUGAGUGUUCGGCAGCUGAAGGAAAUCCUGGCCUGCAACUUUGUCAACUACUCAGGAUGCUGUGAGAAAUGGGAACUUGUGGAAAAAGUGAGCAGACUGUACAGAGAGAGCGAGGAGAACCACAAGACACAGGGGGAGAGGAUGCAGCUGAACGAGGACGACGACAGCCUGUGCCGGAUCUGCAUGGACGCCGUGAUCGACUGCGUGCUGCUGGAGUGCGGCCACAUGGUCACCUGCACCAAGUGCGGCAAGAGGAUGAGCGAGUGCCCCAUCUGCCGGCAGUACGUGGUGCGCGCCGUGCACGUCUUCAAAUCCUAACGCGGCCCUGCCCCGUGCCCCGGGCAGGGCUCCCGUGGGCGGGAGUGCUGGGCCCUGGGGCACACGGCAGCGUUCUUGUUCCGGUUCAAUUCAGCCUUUUCAACAGCAAGAUGUACAAGUUGGUGAAAGGUUUUUCAAGCAGCUCCUGCAGCGCAGGGCUGGGCAGGCCCAGGUGCUGCCCCACUGACCUUACAGCCCCACAGAUUGUUGGAGUCAAACUGUUUACAGCAGUUCUUGCUCUCUUCUGAAGAAUCUCACCUGUCCUUACGCAUUCAGCACUCGGCAAGUGGUCAGCAAACACCUCUGCUUGAGCCUGUUAGCCUGUGGUGUUCUCUAGUGCAUUAGAAGCAAUGAAUAUAUCAGUUGAUUAUUCAGCUUUUCCCUAAUGAUAGAAUGUAUCUGUUCCGACAGCCGUGCUGCUGUCGGCACAGCUUAGGAAGCACUGCCAUGAACUGUUCGUGCACAGAAGCCCUUAAGCAAUCGUGCUUCAUGCUGAUUGCUCCCUCUGAAUGUCUGUCAUGACACGUGUGCUGUCCUGGCUGUUCUCUGUCAGUGUACAAGACACUCCAUCACUCUGCAGGGCUCAGGGGCCGCACUGGGCUCUGCCUGGUGGGCUCCAAAAACCAGUUACUAAGUGGUUUCUAGUUUAGGAAUAAACUAUUUUUUUAAGAAGGGUUACAUAGUAAACCAUGUUAGCGUGGUCCUUAAUCCGCUCAUGCCAGCUGUAACUAUUAACCUGUGCUGAUUGUACUCCAUGUGCCGACAGCCUGAUGUUACUGUGAAUCCUGACCAGGGGCACCAGCUCCUUGCUGCUAACGUGGAAUGUACAGCUUACUAACCUUAACUGGGAGGGGGAGGCAGAGCAGGGACAGUUUUUGUUUCAAAUCUCCUGCUCAAGUCCCCCAGACCAGCUUCCCAGGGGCUGCUGAGGGCCUGUAUUGCUGCCAGCCCUUGGCCCAGGGUCAGGCUGAGCUUGGUGCCAGGAGCUGGGGUCCAGCUCCUCUUGGAGCAGGAAUUGUGAGGGUCCCUGUAGGAGUCUGUGAGCAAUGACCUGGGGAAGGGAGCAGCAAGAGGAGCCUGUGCUGGGGUGAGAACAGGACGCCUGUGACCAAGCAUGGCCACGAGUGGGAUUGGUGAAGCUCACUGUAAAAAAGGUGAGGAAGGACCAUGUGUGUUCAGUUAUUCUUUAAGCAGAGUUGGUUAAAAAAGUUUCUUGUUUGAGUUCCCAUGUGGCAGCAAAGAGCCAAGGCUGUGCUUGGCUGAGGGUGCAGGACCUGAGAACUGGACCUGUGCUGCUCUGGCACCUGCUCUUAUUUUUGUGAAUACUUAGGCUGGCUUGGAAGAGAGAAAGCAGCUCCUCCUCACACAAAACACAGCUCCAAGCUCUACUGGGUAUUUUUCAGAAGGGAGCAAACCUCUCAAUGGCUUUAUUUUUUAGAAGUAACUUUUUAAAGGUACUUAAUUCCUGGAGUCUGUCCAGAGGGGAGGCUAAUGAAGACAGACGUGCCCUCGGUGUUAUUUCCAUGCUGCUCAUUAGCCACUGGAACUCAAUAAAGAUGGGUGAUGGGCUCUCUCA